UAUUUUUUAGAAAGUAAUGGAUUUGCUAAUUCUCUUAAUUUUGGCAUAUUUAUAAUUAACGUUGUUGCCCUUUUCUUUUUGAAUCUUUUAAAUGCCAUAAUUAAUCGAAUGGAACGUCUUUUUUCAGUUAUUGGGGUUAUUUUGUUUAUUAUUGCUUUUGGAAUAAUUACUUGGCAUUUAAUUAAAUAUGAAGUUGGCCGUAAUUACGUUAUAUUUUUAAAAGCCUUAAUUGGAAUUCAAAUGACUGCUUUUAUUUGGGAUUACCAAAUUCUUGGGCAGGCUUUUUAA